AUGGGAAGGAAACACAUAGUGCAAUGUGCACUGAGUACAUGUUAUUUUCACAAGCCAACAACGAAACUCUUCAUUGAUGGGAAGUUUGUUGAAUCCAAAACUACUGAGUGGAUUGAUAUCCACAACCCGGCCACAAAUGAAGUGGUUGGCCGUGUACCAAAAGCCACAGCCAGUGAGAUGGAGGCAGCUGUGGCUUCUUGCAAAAAGGCUUUUUGGAACUGGUCAGAAACAUCUGUUUUGAGCCGUCAGCAAAUCUUCCUGCGUUAUCAACAACUCAUCAAAGACAAUCUGAAAGAAAUUUCAAAACUCAUCACCUUUGAGCAAGGGAAGACCCUGGCUGAUGCUGAAGGAGAUGUGUUCCGAGGCCUCCAGGUGGUUGAACAUGCUUGCAGUGUGACUUCCCUCAUACUGGGAGAGACCAUGCCCUCCAUCACUAAGGACAUGGACACUUACACCUACCGUCUGCCUCUGGGCGUGUGUGCUGGAAUUGCACCGUUCAACUUCCCAGCCAUGAUUCCUCUUUGGAUGUUCCCCAUGGCUAUGGUUUGUGGAAACACCUUCCUGAUGAAACCAUCCGAGCGUGUACCAGGAGCACUGAUGUUCCUUGCUAAGCUGUUUCAAGAUGCUGGUGCCCCCGAUGGGACCCUGAAUAUCAUCCAUGGACAGCAUGAAGCUGUGAAUUUCAUUUGUGACCAUCCGGAUAUCAGAGCAAUCAGCUUUGUGGGAUCUAAUCAGGCUGGCGAGUACAUCUAUGAGAGAGGAUCUCGGAAUGGCAAGAGAGUCCAGGCCAACAUGGGAGCCAAGAACCAUGGUGUGGUGAUGCCUGAUGCCAAUAAGGAGAACACCUUGAACCAGCUGGUUGGAGCUGCUUUUGGAGCAGCUGGCCAGCGCUGCAUGGCCCUGUCUACAGCAAUUCUAGUGGGAGAAGCUCAGAAAUGGCUACCAGAGCUUGUGGACAGAGCCAAAAAUCUACGUGUAAAUGCAGGAGACCAGCCUGGAGCAGAUCUAGGGCCUCUAAUCAGUCCCCAGGCUAAGGAACGGGUUUGCCAUUUGAUUGAGAAAGGAGUAAAAGAAGGUGCCAGCCUUCUUCUGGAUGGACGUAAUAUCAAAGUGAAAGGCUAUGAAAAUGGCAAUUUUGUUGGACCAACGAUCCUUGCCAAGGUCAAGCCGAACAUGACUUGCUACAAGGAGGAAAUCUUUGGGCCAGUCUUAGUGGUUCUGGAAGCAGACACUUUGGAUGAUGCCAUUGAGAUGGUGAACAAUAACCCCUAUGGAAAUGGAACUGCAAUCUUCACCACCAAUGGAGCCACAGCUCGGAAAUAUUCUCACUUAGUAGAUGUGGGGCAGGUGGGUGUCAACGUUCCAAUCCCAGUGCCUCUGCCCAUGUUCUCUUUCACUGGCUCUCGUGCUUCUUUCAGAGGAGACACCAAUUUCUAUGGCAAGCAGGGAGUGCAAUUCUACACACAGCUGAAAACUAUCAUUUCUCAAUGGAAAGAGGAAGAUGCCACUGUUACCAAACCUGCUGUGGUUAUGCCAACUAUGGGAAACUAAAUCAGCCUUUACAGAUGCUGUUCCUGGUGCCCUUCUACUUCUAUGCUGCACUUUCCAGCUUUGUCCUGAAUAUCAUUUCCUUGGGGAUGAAUAGAAAGCUCCAUU